GACGCGGCGGCGUGGGCGGGGCGCCCGGCGUCUGGUGGAGAUGAUAGAUAGUCCCGGGGACUCGGGCCUGUGGGUCGCAUGGACACCCUGGCGCUGGGCCGGUGGCGUCGGCGGAGGCCGGAGGAGUUGCAGGUUCCAGCAGACGCGAAGCGGGUGUGCAGGAGCCUCGAAGCAGCUGCGCAGGAGCGGGGCUGUCCCCAGGUGAAGGCCGGCGCCCUGGUGUCCUGGGGCAGCCCGGAGCUGGAGGCGCAGCCGGGAGGCCUCCCUGCGCCAAGGCCAGCCAGAGGCCAGGGGCCACCAAGUGCGGGGGUCCCUCCGACCGGUGGGAGGAGCUCCGCCCAGCCCUGCCCGAGAUGUAUUGCAGGGGAGUCUCUAGUUCCUGUCAGGCCUUUAUUCUUACGUCCUGAGAGAAGAAAACGCAAUCAUGGAGUUAUCAACGGGAUUUCAUUGAUCAUUCUGGCCACUUUAACCAUUCCGAGAAUCAGUAGAAGAUGGGAGACGGAAGAGGAAUAUUCUGAAUUUGGUUUGGAACCUCCGUGUGAUGGCGAACGUAACCCUCUUACGGAUGGGUGUGGGUGCACACCUGUGCUCUCAUCCAGGUACCCCACCGCCCUCCGCAACCCAGCCAGGAGGACCCUGUCACUUCCAGAGAGACUGCAGAUCGCUUGCACCUCCUGAGCCGUCUCCCCAUGCGUCCUGGGGGGAAGGAGGGCGAUUGUGUCAUUGGGACGUUUGAAAACUUCAGUUAUCAAAUUUCCUAUGAGGCUGGAGAACCCUGUGGCUUCUGGAACCAAAUCCAGAUGCGGCCUCCCUUUUAUACUUUGCAGUGGCUUUGUGGGUGUGUCGAGGGCUGCCCAUGCAUUCUUUUUAAUGAAAAGACUUAUUUUUAUACUUAAAUGCCUUAUAAUCUUAAACUGAAUUUUACCAAAUGCUGGUGUCCAAGCCGUUCUGUGUGAUUCUGCCCCUGAAGUUCAUCGGGCACAGAGCCCCUUUGACAUUAAAUGGCAAUUUCUCAUUUUC